CCGGUGGCAUCAAGUGAGGGUGACAUGUCAUUGUGUUGACCUUCGCACGUUUCGGAAUUGUCAGUGUUUGGAAUCUCCUGAGGGUGACCGAGGCCGAUAAGUUUGACAGCCAACUCUAUUGAAAAUUAGUUUUCUUUCCUUUACUGUGCUAUUUAAUAAAAAGUCAUGUCUGACCGAAAAUUUUUCGUUGGUGGAAACUGGAAGAUGAAUGGAAGCAAGAGUAGUAUUGAUGGAAUCGCCAAAUUUAUGUCAUCAGGUCUUGACCCAAACACCGAGGUUGUCGUGGGAUGUCCUAGUAUUUAUAUGGCUUAUGCUGUUUCUAAAAUGCCUAACAAUGUUAAAGUUGCUUCUCAAAACUGUUAUAAAGUUCCAAGUGGAGCAUUUACUGGUGAAAUUAGCCCUGCCAUGAUUAAAGAUAUUGGAUCUGAAUGGGUUAUAUUAGGCCACUCAGAGAGAAGGAAUGUAUUUGGAGAAACUGAUGCGUUAAUUGCUGAAAAAACUGCACAUGCGUUAGCUGAAGGAUUGAAAGUUAUUGCUUGUGUUGGUGAACUUCUAGAAGAAAGAGAAUCUGGUAAAACUCAAGAAGUUGUAUUCAAGCAGACUAAAGCAAUUGCAGACAAAGUAAGUGAUUGGAGUAAAGUAGUUAUUGCUUAUGAGCCAGUCUGGGCCAUUGGAACUGGAAAAACAGCAUCCCCAGAACAAGCUCAAGAAGUUCAUGAGCAGUUAAGGCAGUGGCUAAAACAAAAUGUAUCUGCUGAUGUAGCAAAUAGCACAAGAAUUAUUUAUGGUGGAUCUGUCACACCUGCAAAUUGUAAAGAAUUAGCUAAGAAACCAGACCUUGAUGGAUUUUUAGUUGGUGGAGCAUCACUAAAACCAGACUUUGUUGAAAUUAUAAAUGCUAGGAAGUAAUUUUUUUUACAAAUAUGUGUGCCAUCUAUUCGAGUAUUAAUGUUAAAAGAAUGACUUGAACUAUAUACAUACCAGUGGAAAGUUUUUAAAAUCUGACAAUUCAUUCCAAAUCUAGUGCAAUAGUUACUGUAUUGAAAAUUUUUUGUUGGCAAAACCAAAAAUUGUAUUUUUAUGAAAUGUUCCUAUUGUUUUAUGCUUUCAUCUAAAUUAAAAAAUGAAUAUGAACUGGUA